AUGGAAUCUGCUGGUAUUCAUGAGACUACCUACAACUCCAUCAUGAAAUGCGAUGUUGAUAUCCAUAAAGACUUGUAUGCCAACACUGUUCUUUCUGGUGGCUCUAUGAUGUUCCCAGGUAUUGCUGACAGGAUGCAGAAGGAAAUUUCCAAUUUUGCUCCUGUCUCAAUGAAAAUCAAGGUCAUUGCACCUCCCGAGAGAAAGUAUUCUGCCUGGAUUGGUGGUUCCAUUUUGGCUUCUCUAUCUACCUUCCAGCAGAUGUGUAUCAGCAAACAAGAAUAUGAUGAAUCUGGCCCAGCCAUUGUGCAUAGAAAGGUAGUAGAUGGACUACAUGGUCUGAAGGGACACUAA